UGCAUCCAGCAGUCCUUGCGCGAUCGUCGUCGGUUGUUAUACAAGAAAAGAAAAAGAAAAAACGUCCGAAUUCCUCGUGGAUUCGCAAUUUCUUUCUCUUCUCUGUCCGUGUAGUGUUUCAAUUUUGGAUACCUUCGUCAUCUUCUCGCCAGAGUUUGCAAUCAAUGUCGCAUGCCUCAGCGAAUGCUACUUCGCUGGAAAGGGCACGGCGUUGGUGCUGCCGGCGACAUCCGAGGCCCAGAAAUCCAGCAGACGGAGCGGAGCCGGUUCGAAUAUCCAGAAGCAUCUGCAGUCCAUGUUUUACCUCCUGAGGCAGGAAGAGACGUUGAAAAUGGCUGUCAAAUUGGAGAGCGUUCAUCCUGUGCGAACCCGUUACUUGGUGGUCGUGUCCAGGACGGGCGCGAGAGGCGAGGAAUCCUGCUUAUUAGGCAUAGACUGCAACGAGCAGACCACCGUCGGUCUCGUCCUGAAAGUCCUUGCAGACACCUCCAUCACUCUGGAUGGCGACGGUGGUUUCGGCGUGAGCGUGUGUGGGCGUCAUCACAUAUUCAAGCCAGUUUCUGUUCAGGCCAUGUGGUCAGCUCUGCAGACUUUGCAUAAAGUGAGUUCCAAGGCGCGCGAACAGAACUACUUCCAAGGCGGCCUGACCCAUUCGUGGGUGGGCUACUAUGAGGAUCGGAUCAAAUCCGAAAGAUCCUGCCUCAACGAAUGGAACGCGAUGGAUAAUCUGGAGUCGCGACGGCCUCCGUCGCCGGAUUCGGUGCGAACGAAGCCGACAGAACGCGAGGAUACGAAGAGGGUGAUCAGAUCGACUCUGAAGGAGAUCAUGAUGAGCGUGGACCUGGACGAGGUCACCAGCAAACACAUCAGAAGCAGGCUAGAGGAGGACUUGAACAUGGACCUCGGGGAGUUCAAGAGUUUCAUCGAUCAGGAGAUGCUGACCAUCUUAGGACAGAUGGACGCGCCCACUGAAAUUUUCGAUCACGUCUAUCUGGGCUCCGAAUGGAACGCCUCUAAUUACGAGGAGCUGCAGCGCAAUGGAGUUGGACACAUUCUGAACGUGACUCGUGAAAUUGACAAUUUCUUCCCCGGCACCUUCGACUACCUGAACAUUCGCGUUUACGAUGACGAGAAGACGGACUUGCUUAAAUACUGGGACGACACCUUCAAAUAUAUAUCAAAGGCCAGGAAGAAGGGAUCCAAGGUGUUGGUGCACUGCAAGAUGGGUGUUAGCAGGUCUGCUUCGGUGGUGAUAGCGUACGCGAUGAAGGCCUACAAUUUGAAAUUUGACAAGGCCAUGGAGUACGUGAAGGACAAGAGGAGCUGCAUCAAGCCGAACACCAACUUCCUGUCUCAACUGGAAACGUACCAGGGUAUCCUGGAUGCCAUGAAGAACAAAGAGAAGCUGCAGAGGUCAAAGUCGGAGACGAAUCUGAAGUCGCCCGGUUUGGUGGCGAAGAACAAUCGCAUCUUGGCUGGAAGCGAGCCGACGCCGAUUGUGCAGGCGAACGAGAACGGUUCGAGGAUGGCAAUGUCCGGUCAGGAUCUGUGCAGACUGGGGGCACGACCGAAGUCUUGGUCACCGGAUAACGCCGAUACUAAUGCCAUAGUGAACGAGAUUAAAACGAGUCCGUUCCGCUCUAUGGAGAACCUCAACCAGAACUCUUCGUCCUCUCGCGAAUCCUUGAGAUCGACUCCGAAGAAAGCGGUGCUGCUGAAGGACCUAGCAAGGAACGUUCUCCUGCCAUGUGAUAACGGCGAGUCUUACAGUGUAUCUCCGAACCAGAUCAUGCACAUCGAGAACGAGAGCAGCCUGGCAUCGGUGAAGGAUCGAGUGACCGAGUUGGAGGCGAGAAAGAGGGACAAGAAGAAGCUGGUGUUGAAUCUUCUGCCGCAGUUCGAAUGCAGCAAAGCGGACGCAGGCAGAAAACUGGAACCGUGGGACCCGGGGGAGAGCAAAGUCUCCGGCAAGGACGAUGAUGGCGAUAAUGGUACAAUUAUUAAUAACUGUGAUUUAAAAACUAGUGCUAGUGAUGAAGAAACUAUACAGACAGUGGUAGUGGGUAGUACAGUUCCUGAAGUGCGGCUGCGAGGAAGGAGGUCGGGCAAGGACGGCGAUCCGUUCUCGAACCAGGUGGAUCGUGUCUUCGACAGAGAGGAAAGAAGGCAGCAGCGAGUUACCAUAAUUCCUGUGAGCGAAACGUCGGAGGAUCAACGCGAGUGUCCUUCGCGUCAGAGCUCUUGGAGCUCCGUGGACAGUGCCGUCGUCCUGGGGUUUCAAGGGGAAACACGUGAGGCUCCCUCCAGGCACAGCAGCUGGGGCUCAGGGGACACCCGGAUGUCUCGGAACAGUUCGUGGAGUUCGUACGAUAUGCGCGCAGUGAAAAAUGAUCUCAGCAAUGAUGGCAGAAUGUUCGGCUUCGACAAGGAGAUGCCCCUGUAUCCGGGGACGGUGAGACGGACGAAGCAGAAGCUCGAGGAGAGCAGCGAUGCGGCUGGUAAACUGAAGACCUCCAACGAGACGCUGCAGGAGUUCCCCGUAGAAGCCCUCAACACCGUUCUCAUCGAGGGAUCCUCCGUCGGUGUGAACAUCGUAACAAGUGCCAUAGCUAGGAAAGAAGACCCGGAGGCGCGGCUCUCCAUGAGCGCUCCGGAGAGGUCCUCCUCGAUGGAUCUGCUGGCCAAGGACGACUCGGCCAUCUCGCGGUCCGUCUCCGACAUCAGUCCUAAAAUCAUAUGCACAGCUCAGUGUUCAUCGGUUAAACAGCACAAGACUUACUUAGAGAACAUGCAUAGAGACAUGAACAAAAGGGACGACCCACUGGACCUGGAACCCAAGACGGGAAUAGUGAAAAACCGCAAACUGGAGUUCGAGCGCGUGAACCAGAUGAACAGGAACAACGCCGAAGAGGAGAGGAAGAACAAAAUGAACAGUCUACCUUCAUCACCUAGCGCCGGUCUGACGAACAGCAGCGACAAGGCGAUAUCUUCGUCCGAUCUGAGAGAGGAGAAGAACUUUCAGGAGUUGCUCGGCAAGUUCCAGAAUCAUCCGGACAACCAGAUCAAUGUGAAGACGUACAAGACCACGAAAUAUACGACGCCUCUAAUCUCGACGUUCGACAAGAGCAUAGACGGCGCCGUGAAGAGACCGCCGAUGGCUCCGGUCGUCAAAUCACCGUCUCCGAACGUCGUCGCUUUCGCCAAGGCGGUCACCAAGAAGCAGCAGCAGUACGGCAAAACUCACCCAUUGGCGAUGAUAAACAUCAACGCAAAGAACAACCCUGUCUACAAUACCAUGUAGUGCUCAAAUUCUUCAAAAAGGCUGUGACUAAAUUUUUAUU